AUGAACCGACUGUAUAUCUUCUUUGCGCUUUGCGCAUUUCUUGUAACUACUUUAGCAGCUUCGCCUCCCUCAUUCUGCAAAUGUACAUGCUUCACCAACAGCACGAUCAUUCCGCUGUCAUCACAUUCUAGCGGCCUCGAUGAAGCUCCCUCUCGAUCAGCAUCAGCGACUUGUGCGACCUGCAAUAAAGCCUUUUGUCUCGCGCAACGACUACCUAUCUGUAAGGAUGCUGAAGAGAAAGAUGUCUAUACUACCUGCUUUCAGAGAGAUAGCAGGAAGGACCAAAUCGUUGUGCUUACGUUUAUUGGAGGUACGAUCGGGUUGCUGGUCUGGGCAGCUGUGAGGAAAUUUCUUGAGAAGAGGAAGGGUGGAGAAGUGAGAAUGGAAGAUACGCAGAGAGGAUAUGCUCCGGUUGGGAGGUAG